CUGAACCGAAAACAGUGGAGAGAGAUGGAGAGUGAGAGUGAGAGAGUGGAGUGGAGUGGAGUUGUUGCUCUCUGAUCUCUGAAACUUCCACCUAUACAUGCCCUUUUCACAGACUGUCUUUCUGCAACCUUUUCAGGUUUUCCCGAAAAAUUAUCUCUGUAAAUUAUCUUUUUCGUGAGAGGGAAAGGGAGAACAGUUGAAAACUAUUUUCUAUUGUAUCGACAUUUCGAGAUUCAGUUUAGUCAACACUAAAAAAUGCAGGGUAUUUUAUGGGUUUCUCCUUCUCAAUUCUGCUCUGAAUUGGGUCGGUUUUUGAAUUUGAGACUUUUUGGUUCUCUCAUUUCUGGCAUUUUGUGUAAUUGCCAGUGUGGGUGAUUCGCAAAAGAAAAGGAGAAAAAAGAAGAUUUUGUAAGCUUUUCUUUUUGGUUCUUUGAUAGGUUCGUGUUUCUAGUUGUUGUUGUUUUGUUCUUGGUUGUGUGGGCUUUAAAGUUUGAACCUGAAGUAAAUGCCAUGUUCAGCUCAUUGUUAGAGGUUCAGGGUUCGUGCAAAUUAUGUUAUCUUUCUCGAUUUUUUUAAUUCUUUGUUGUUCUUGAUUAGGGUUAGUAUUUUAAUUUCAUUUUGCAUGUAUCCUUUUGUUAAGAUUAUUGUCUUCCAUUACUGAAGUAGUGGGAACUCCUGGUAGUUAUGUUUUAGUUGGGUUUUCUUCUCUUUUUCUUCUUGGAUAGUGUUAAGGAUUGAGAUUUAUAUAUAUAUAUAUAUAUAUAUAUAUAUUGUUUGAAGUUUUGGUACAUUUCAAGAUUUCCAUUUCGUUUUUGCAGGAGCUGCAAUAGUGACUUUUUUUGUCCUUUCUUUAAUUUUUGAAGACCAAAUUUUAGUUAUUUUAAUGUGCAUGCUAUUCAAUUGCUUCUUUUUCAAGUAAGGGUUGAGAGAAGGGAAUGCAGUCCAUCGUUUUGAUUUUCUUGUUUCUGGUGGAAGUUGCAUUUGGAAAGUCAGAAUCAGAUGCCCUAUUGGAGUUUAAGAAAGGAAUUGAGAAAGACCCCCAGAAUAUUUUAAGUUCUUGGAGAGGUAACUCCCUAUCGUCUGAUGGGUGUCUGCAAAAUUGGUAUGGGAUUAGCUGUACAGGGGGCCAUGUCACAUCAAUUACGCUGGAUGAUUUGGGAUUGGAGGGAAAUUUCCAAUUUUCUGCUCUAGCCAAUCUUGAAAUGCUUCGUAACUUGUCAAUUUCAAACAACCAGUUAAUGGGAACUGUUAUGGAAAUUGGGUCGAUCAAAUCUUUGGCAUGGUUGGAUCUUUCACACAAUGCAUUUCAUGGAUCAAUUCCAUCAGAUGUGAUGAAUUUGCAAAAUUUAGUUCUUCUGAAUUUGUCUUCCAACAAUUUUAGUGGCACAAUUCCAUCUGGUUUUAGAAAACUUGAGAACUUGAAGUUUCUAGAUUUGCAUUCCAAUGGCUUCACUGGUGAUGUUAGUAGUCUUCUUAUGCAACUACAGAAUGUGGUGUAUGUGGAUCUCAGUAGUAAUAUGUUCUCUGGGUCCUUGGAUUUGGGUCCUGGGAACUCCACUUUUGUUUCUACAGUUCAAUAUUUGAACCUUAGCUAUAACUCACUGGUUGGGGAGCUCUUUGCCCAUGAUGGGAUGCCUUAUUUUGACAAUCUGGAGGUGUUUGAUGCUAGUUAUAACCAGCUUACCGGUCAGAUUCCUUCCUUCAGUUUUGUAGUUUCUCUUCAGAUUCUGCGACUUAGAAGCAAUCAAUUGUCAGGGUCUUUACCAGUACACCUAUUGCAAGAAAGCUCAACACUCUUAACAGAACUUGAUCUCAGCCUUAAUCAACUGGAAGGUCCACUAGGAACUGUCACCUCUGCAACUUUGAAGUAUCUUAAUCUUUCUUCAAAUAAGUUGUCAGGCUCCUUGCCUGCAAAGGUAGGAAACUGUGCAAUUGUAGAUUUGAGUAAUAAUAUGCUCUCAGGACAAUUAUCAAGAAUUCAGAGUUGGGGAAAUUAUGUCGAAGUUAUUCAUCUAAGUUCAAACUUAUUGACAGGAACCUUUCCUAACAGAACUUCUCAAUUCUUGAGGUUGAAUUCUUUUAAGGUAUCUAACAACUCAAUAGAGGGGGUUCUCCCACUUGUAUUAGGAACAUACCCACAGCUAAAUGUGAUCGAUUUUAGCCACAACAAGCUUAAUGGGCCCCUACUUCCUAGCUUAUUUACAUCAUUGAAAUUGACUGCUCUCAACCUUUCAGGAAACAGCUUAAGUGGGCCCAUCCCACUUCAAGCACUACACAAUGUUCCUUCUCUAGGUUCCAAUCAAAAUAUGACCCUGGUUUUUCUUGAUCUGUCAGAUAACUCAUUAAGUGGCAAUUUGCCAUCGGAGUUCAGUGAUUUCCAUGAUUUGGUGUAUCUUGAUAUAUCUAUGAAUCAUUUUGAAGGUAGCAUCCCUGAGAACCUUCCAGAUGGGUUAAAAGAAUUCAAUGUGUCCUAUAAUAAUCUCUCUGGUGUUGUACCUGUAAAUUUGAGGAGGUUUCCAGACUCUGCUUUUCAUCCUGGAAAUUCCUUACUGAUUCUCCCUCAUCCUUCCCCAAAAGAUGCUCCUGAGGUUACUCUAAGGGGGAAGCAUGGAAUCCAUACAAAAUCUGUAGUUAAAACUGCUCUAAUUGCAGGUUUUGUUGGCAUGGCUGCUAUUUUAGCUCUUUUGUCCUUAAUUGUUUACCACAAGGCCUGCAGACAAAGAUGUGAAGGAUGGAGGAACAAUUCUAAUGAAACUGUUGAGAAGAAAGGUAUUCCAGAGGGGGGUUCUCCUGGUCAUCAUGUAUUUGGGAUUCACAAAAGUGUUGACCCAUCUCGAGCUUCAUUGGGCCUUUCUCAAGAUCGUUUAGCUUCUUCAGAAAUGGAUUCAGUACAUGAGCAUGGUGGCACUUCAUCAAUUAUAGGAAAGUCCACAGAGUUACAAAUUCCUGGGUCUCUAGUGAAGGAUAAAGCAAUAUCUUCUCCUAUUUCAAUAUUUUCAUCUUCUUCACCCUGUUCUAAUGAUCUACAUCUCUCUGAGAAUCCUAUUGUGCUCAGGGUCUAUUCUCCUGAUAAAUUGGCUGGAGAUUUACACCUUUUUGAAGGCUCACCGGGGUUCACAUUGGAAGAGCUUUCUCGUGCACCAGCAGAGGUAAUUGGUAGAAGUUGUCAUGGGAUAUCAUACAAAGCUACACUUGACAGAGGUAGCGUAUUGGCUGUGAAAUGGCUCAAGGAAGGGAUAUCAAAAGGCAAGAAAGAAUUUUCAAGGGAAGCAAAGAAGCUUGGUAAUAUCAGACAUCCAAAUAUAGUUUCUUUACAAGGUUAUUAUUGGGGUCCUAAGGAUCAUGAGAAGCUAUUAAUAUCAAAUUACAUCAAUGCAUCAUGCUUGGCUGACUAUCUUUUUGAGAAUGAGCUGAGAAAGUUUCCACCUUUAUCUCUUAAUCAGAGACUCAACGUUGCCAUAGAUGUUGCCUCCUGUCUAAACUACCUUCACAAUGAAAGAGCAAUCCCUCAUGGCAACAUAAAAUCAAGAAACAUUUUGUUAGAAUCUCCUAAUCUGAAUGCACUGCUUACUGAUUAUAGUCUCCACCGGAUAAUGUCUCCAGCUGGUACAACUGAGCAGGUUCUGAAUGCAGGCGCACUUGGAUAUCGUCCACCUGAAUUUGCUAAUUCAAGUAAGCCAUGCCCAUCAUUGAAAAGUGACGUCUAUGCUUUUGGGGUGAUCUUGCUGGAGCUUGUUACUGCGAAAAGUGCUGGAGAGAUAGUCUCUGGGCACCCUGGAGCAGUUGAUCUGACAGAUUGGGUUAGAUUCUUGGCAGCUGAAAAUCGUUCAGAAGAGUGCUUCGACAGGCUGAUUAUAGAUAAUGAUAAUGUUGAAAAUACAGCAAGAGGUUUGCAGGAUAUCCUACGGGUGGCUCUAAGAUGUGUUCUUCCUGCUUCUGAGAGACCAGAUAUGAGAACGAUAUUCCAAGAUCUCUCCUCUAUAGUGCUAUAGAAGACGCCAGGCAGCACUCACUUACGGAUCUGUAUACAUCACUGACCAAAAAUACUAACAUUAUUUUUUUAGUAUUAACAUGAUUGAUUGGUUUUUCCUUAUUCCCAUCACAUGGUCUUAUUUUUCUUUUCCAAUACCAUUUGAGUUUGUGUAACCUUUUCUUCUCAAUUGAUGUCCAGAAUAAUGAUUUUGUGAUUGGUUCCUUUGGCAUUAGAAGCAGGAAAUAAAAGAUCCUUAGAAGAAUUUUUUUUU